AUGCGAAAGAGUUUGGAGAAGAUCAUGUCCGAAGCUGCUACUCUCCGGUCCUUGGUGGUCUACUCGCGACAGAUCUCCCGGGUUGGGCGGACGGAGAAGAACACGGCGCUAGCGGAUGCGAGGCUUUUGGAUGACAUCAAGAAUCUGCAGGUCUCGCGUCGGCUGAUGCGCAAGAUGAAGCGGCAGGAAAGGGAGCAGAAGAGGCUGGAGGCUGGCAAGCCGCCUCUGCGAAGGCGUCGACCGCGGAAUGCAGGAGGCAGUGGCAAAGGAAGCAGAGUGAACAGCAAGGGACGCAGUUCCAGCAAGACGAAGAAGGAGGACCAGGAGGAGCAAGCAGAUGCCAGCAGCUCUUCGAGUUCUAGCAGCGACACCUCUGGCAGCAGCAGCGAAGAUGAUUAUUCCGACAGCGAAGGGGAUGAGAGCGAGGAUCAAACGGACGACGAGAGUGUGCAGGUGGAGGAGGGUCCACAAGAGGACCCCAUGCAAGAUGCUGACGUCUUCGACAGCUGCCGAGCUGAGAGCGUCGCCACGCCCCUGACGCUGGGUGAAAGCACAGAAUGUCCAGACGAUGCACAGCGCGCUACGCCCUUGGACAUCGGCGUGACACCCCCGCUUCUGCCGCUCCCUGAAGAGCAAAGGGACACAGACACCGAGCCCUCUGAAAUCCUCCCCAUUCGCACGGUGAGUGGUGCCUCGAUCUCUUUGGGACCGCAGUGGUCGCGGCUCGGUUCGAAGGCCAGCGUGGCAGGUGAUGAGCGGCAGCUCAUCGAGGAGGCUGCAGAUGUGGAGGCAAAAGCUGUCGUUCACAGCAGCGUGGACUGGCAAGCCACGGUUGCUGAGUUCAUGGUGGGUCGCCGUGCCGAGGACUACUUGGUCCUGGAUCGCGACCAGCUGGUCGUGCCCAUGUUCGCUGAAGAUUGGACCCAGCAGCUGCACUCAACUGUGGAAUUCCCCGUCACCAUCCAGCAUCGCGAGGCACCUCUGGUGGUGGAGUACAGCACCCAAUGGACGGAGGUGGUUGGAUCGUACAUGGCGGGGCGCGACCUCGAGGAAUACGAGGUCUUUGACAGACAUGAGGAGUUGAUUCCACUCUUCGAGGAGAGCAAG